AAAGCAGGCAUAUGGGCUUUAAAAAUGAUAUUUUGCCUGUCUGAGGAUUCGGAGCGAUCAAUGCCAUCGUCGCAAGUUAGCUUUGAAGUGGAAGAAGACGACGACGAAGAUGACGAUGAGGAGGACGAUGAUGAUGGGGAUGAUGAUGAUGGCAGCAAGUCUCUAGAUGCUGAAACCGAGCGAUUAGAACUUGAAAGACUUGCAAAGGAACAGUUAGAGAAGGCUAGAGUGUCCACGGUGGUGUUCGCUGUUCGCACUAACGUCAGCUUUGACGCUUCCAUCUGUGUUGAUUGUCCGUUACCAGGCCACGUAGUUGGUUUCCAACUAAAAGACUUCCUCCACAUUAAAGAAAAAUUCAACAACGAGUGGUGGAUAGGUCGUUUGGUGAAGGAGAACUCAGAUGUCGGCUUCAUUCCAUCGCCAGCUAAGUUGGAGCACCUUCGAACCCAAUGUCGCCCGCCCAAAUCCGCAAGCAAGGGCAACUUCGAUCCACCAACACUUCAGCGUUCCUCGACGUCUCGGGCUUCCACACCGCCAGGUGACACCGAUGGUGAAGGUCGAGACGACGGUGAACCAGGUUCUCGCAGCAAGGGGAUCAACAACCCAAAGGGCGGUCGGAAGGCCUUCUUUAAGAAGGCCGACAAUAUUCCGCCCUAUGAGGUCGUGCCAACCAUGCGACCCGUCGUCCUGAUUGGGCCCUCGUUGAAGGGCUACGAGGUCACCGACAUGAUGCAGAAGGCACUGUUUGACUUCUUGAAGCACCGAUUCGAGGGAAGGAUUAUCAUCACUCGAGUGACCGCAGACAUUUCUCUAGCAAAACGUUCACUUCUCAACAAUCCGACACGACGAGCAAUUAUGGAUAGGGCGUCGACGAGAAACCAAUCGUAUGAGGUGCAACAGGAGAUCGAGCGCAUCUUCGACCUGGCCCGAACGCAGCAGCUGGUUGUGCUAGACUGCGACACAAUCAACCACCCAAGUCAACUGGCGAAAACCUCUCUCGCGCCGGUGAACGUCUACGUCAAGGUAUCCUCCACCAAGGUCCUUCAACGCCUCAUUAAAACCCGCGGCAAAUCGCAGUCACGCAACAUGAAUGUGCAGAUGGUGGCCGCUGAGAAGCUGCUCCAAUGCACCAACGACCAAUUUGACGUGAUUCUUGAGGAGAACCAAUUGCAGGAUGCAUGCGAGCACCUAGCAGAGUACCUGGAAGCCUAUUGGCGCGCGAGUCAUCCAUCCAUCGGCAACACCGCAAAGGCCGAGCGUGUGCUGGGCAUCAGCCAAACCACCGCCACGACCGACGCAUCGAUCAAGGCACGCUCGCCCACCCCCGAAGACCGCGUCAGUCUGCUCUCACCGCUGUCCGAAGACGUGUCGGAUGCCACGGACGGCGUCGUCACUCGUAGGCCCACACCGAAACCGCUACCACAGCAACGCAAUGCUCGUGGCGUCCUCCCGCGCCAGCCCCGUGCUCAUGGCGGUGGUGCCAACUACGACGCUGGCUGGGAGGAGGAAAUCUGUGGGACGUUGGGCGAGAGCCUUGAAGAUGACGACCACCUAAACUCGUGAGGUCCAUUGACCUCAGCCGAAGAGGCACUUGAGAGGUGGUCAAAUAAAUAA